UAAGGCGGAAUUAUCGGAAAACAAGGAAGUAAAAUAACUCGUGUGUUAAACGUGACUAUGUUUAUGAAUGAAAGGUGUUGCUUUAUUCAGCGUUUUUAAAUAAUGAGCAUUAAUUCCGUCUCGUGUCGUUUCCAGUUGUCGUUUUUCGCCAUGUGUCGCCUGCACACGUUUCCAUGGAAGUCUUUAGAGACUGAACUCCAAACCUCGCCGUCAGACGUGAUAUUGGACGUUUUAGAAAAGACUUGUCUUCAUCCUGUGUGUCGUAAAAACCCACCUUCGGUGAAAUACAGGACUCUUUUCCUGUGCGAACUAAUAAAAAGGCACGAGUCCACUGGGUCUGAGCCUUUAGAUGUCCUGUAUGAUGCUCUAGCUGAGGUCGUGGGAGCCAAAGAGGAGACUCUGUGCUACAAAACCUAUUUCCUGCCUUCAGGAGAGCUGAUGAGUCUGGAGGAGAACGUGGCGAUGAUCUCAGAGGGGACCACCGGGCUCGUUACGUGGGAGGCGGCGCUCUACCUGGCCGAGUGGGCGCUGGAAAACACGCACGUCUUCGCCGGAAAGACGGUUCUGGAGCUGGGCAGCGGCGCAGGACUCACCGGUAUAGCAGUGUGUCACGCCUGUAAGCCCAAAACAUACAUUUUUACCGACUGCCAUCAGAGCGUGCUCCAGAGACUACGGGAUAAUAUCCGGCACAACGGUUUAACCCAGGAACAUGACACGGGCGUGUCGGUGCGUGUGGAGGAACUGGACUGGGAACACGUGCGAGAGGAGGAGCUACAGAGAAUGGGGGUGGAGACUAUCAUAGCAGCAGAUGUUGUCUACGAUCCUGAGCUCGUCGGCUGUCUGGUCAGACUACUAGAGAAACUUGUGAAGAUUCAGAAAAAGGCUCCGGAGGUUUUCAUGUCCUCGACGAUCCGCAACCCAGGAACUUACACCGGCUUCAAGAAGGAACUGGAAAAGGCUGGAUUGAAACACGUCACCGUUACAAAUCCCGUCACGCACGUUUUCCCGUAUGACAGAACGUCUUCUAUAGAAAUCAUCAACGUGCACGCUGCUGACUGAAUCUCAAAAAAAAAAUGUAAUAAAGUGCUUAUGUACAUCGUA